ACGUCUUUUAUAAGUGAUUUAAGAAAAAAUAAAUAAAAUAAAAUGCCUCGUCCAAAAAAUGAACUUUUGCGACAGAUGUUAGGAAAAAACGAACUCAAUCAAGUUAUUUGCAAUUAUGGUGCAUGUAAAAAAAGGGUGUUAAGUGGGCAUGCCGCCAAUAUACAACGACAUUUGCGCCUGAUGCAUCCAGUCAUAUACAACUCGUAUAUAGAACAGAAGAACGCAAGUAAAUGUAACGGGGACAUAAAUAAAAGUGCAGAAACACGCCACGAAAUGCGUCAAAAGUGUUCACGCAAAAAGUCCAAAAUUGAAUUGGCGAUAGUGGAGUUUUUUACAAAAUGCGAACGACCGCUAGGUAUGCUAGAGGAUCGUGCCUUUAAAGUGUUGGCCGAACCGGCUUUCGCUACGCUGAACAUGAGUGUGAAUCGAAACAGUGUACUCGAAAUGAUAAGCAGUUAUGCGCACAAAUUGCGGGCAGAAAUACGAGAUGAUUUAAGUGGAAGUUUAUUUUCUUUGAAAAUCGAUAUGGCAACUAGAGAAGAUAUUACCCUGCUCGGCAUUAAUGUGCAAUACAUCAAAGAAAGAAGCAUACAAAUUAAAUCGUUGGCCAUAAAGGAGCUACAGAGGGGAUAUACAAGUGAAUAUGUGAAAACGCUGAUAAUGGAAGUUUUAAACGAAUAUUCGAUUAAUAUACAAGAGAUCUUAGCGAUAACAAGCAACGAUAACACCAUAUUAGACGCGGUUAAAGAGUUGAAUGAGGAUUUGCAUAGUGUUUUAGGUGGUGACGAGACAUUUAAUCAUAAAACGAUAAAAAAGGAAAGUGGUUUUGAUAGCAGUUUCGAAGAAUGGCUGGAGGAAACAGAUUUGACCUCAUACAAUAUAACCAGUGUACUGAGUGGCACACAAACGCUACAACUUUGUGUUGAUGACAUUUUACAAAACCCGGAGAUUGAGAAAAAUCUAAAUAAAUGUGGCACACUAAUGAAGGAGCUGGGCACACCAGAUGUUUGUCAAAUUUUUGGAUCUGCCAGUUGUGAAAAGAAACGAAACGAUUGUACCACUAUGUAUGAAUUUCUGGAAAAAUUACCCGAUAUGUUACCAACUAAUGUUACUUUAUAUCUAAAUACCGAGGAAUGGUGUUUUGUUAAGGAAUUGUUGGCAGUUCUAAAACCACUUUAUAAAGCAACAAAGAAAUUACAAAAGGAGCAAUUAUGCUAUAGUGAACUAUAUACAGUUAUUAUGAACAUAGUAUUUGAAUUGGAAAAUUUACCCAAUAAUAAAAUGGCGAAAUCACUUAUUGAUGCUUUGAACAUGCAAAAAACUAAAUUACUUGAGAUGGAAAUAUUCAAUACGGCCGUGUUUUUGGAUCCACGCAUACGCGUCUGUCUCGAUGCGACGCAGAAAUCGCGUGCUAAACAAUAUAUAACCACGCUAUAUAAUCGCGUAAGCACACUGAAAGGUGAUACGACUAUUUCGGAAACGAAUGACAGUUUAAUGGCCGAAAUGACAAGCACCGCACAGGAACGACCGACAUCAAGCCACACUGCAAAAUCGUUUGUUGAAUUUUUACAAAAUUUAGAUACCGAACCUUCAUCGGCGCCUGUUUCGUAUUUAGAUGCCGAAAUUACACUAUACGAGCGACAACCUAGACUGCCGUUGGACGCGAAUAUAAUUGAUUUUUGGUUUUAUCAACAUAAUACGUUAAUGGAUAUGGCAUAUCUAAUAUUGGCGAUACCAUGCUCCGAAGUCAGUACCGAACGUUUGUCUGCAGCCUUCCAAUAUAUUUUCGCUGAUAAACAAAAUCCUUUAAGUGCCGCUAAUAUCGAUAAUAUAUUGCUUGUUAAGGUGAAUGGUGUGUUCAACUAUGACAACUGAUUGUUCGACUAGAGUCAAAUGGUGUUAAUGUUAUGUAUUAUGUAAUGUUAUGAAUAUGCAAGAACAAUGCUUUUUAAAUAUUAAUA